CCCAAAACGAAGUGCGUCGAGUGUAAUGCUAAAGGCGCCCCGUCAACGAGUGACGCGAGAGCCUUCACGCUGCAUGAUACCAAGGGCACUGGUGACAUCCUUGAGGCACUUUGAGUUGAGUUUCGAGUUGGAGUUUGCGGUAAAAUUGUACCUUCUGUACCCAGGGUAUAUCGACGGCUCCUCAACCCCGGACUCGUCACAACCGAGAAGCGCCCUGUGCCUUAGGUAGCACCCUUAGAUGCUACGCUCUCAGCCAAGUGCUCUUUUGCAACUCCGCUGGCUCACACUCCGCAGUCGACGCAGCCCACCUCACGGCGUUGUCCGAAUCACAGGUCCAAGGGCGCGGCUGGGCAACGAGGGAUGUUCUGCAAAAUCCACAACGACACUGGUGAUAGCUCCAAAAAUUCUCAAACUAAACUCAAAACCCAUCGCAACAAAGCAGUUGCCACGACUGUCGGUUACCAAGAAGCGAUGCUCGGGGUGUGGUCUACGACAGCGAACGAUGCGCGGGGCGCCUUCAGCAUGGCCGAGCUCACCGAGGCUACGUCCAACCACGUGGCGACCAAGUCGUUUCGGAAAGACUACCUCGCGUACUGCAAGCUCAUGGCGCUCGUGCCCCACCCCAAGCUGUUGCCCAACUUUGACGAAGAAGACAAAGACUGUCUUCACCAAAACUACGACGAGUCGGACGUCGCCACCAUCACCGUGCGCAACUGGAUGCUCGACAUGCCGUCGCUGUUGCUCAUGGACUUGGCGCUGCAGCGGGCGACUUCGGUCCACACACUCAUUCUCUUCAACGUGUCGCUGACCGUCCCGCAGCUUCAGUUUGUUUGCACGCAGCUACCGUCCACAAGCCUCAAGACGCUGCACUUGGAGUGGAACGACGUGCCGCCGCUCAACCUGGACGCGCCCGACACGAUCAUUGAAGACCACACCGUCUGCUUUGCCCGCUUGCUCGCGGCACCGACGCAGCUGACACAGCUUUCGCUCCGCGCCAACGGCAUUUCCUCCGAGGGUGCGAUCGCGCUGGCGGGAGCGCUUCGGCAAAACGCGACGUUGACGCAGCUCAACUUGUUUCGGAAUGGCAUUGGUGAUGUUGGGGUCGAGGCGCUCGCGCAAGCACUCUCCGAGAACAAGACGCUGCAGCACCUCUCGGUGGCCAACAACGGUGUCUCGGGCGCCGGUGCGCUGGCUCUGGUGCGCGCGAUCACGCACUACGUCUUGUCGGAAGCCCAGCUCAAGCAACUCGCCGACAUGGAAGUGCUUGUCCAGACUACGCUGGAGGCGGCCAAGAAGCAAAAGAAGAAGCUCGACCGUGCCGACGUGGUCAAAGAACUCAACAUGGUUGAGACCGAAACUGUCGACGGCGUGGUGUACGGCCUCGGCAACAGCACGCUGCAGUCGAUUUCACUCAGCGGCAACGAGCUCUCGGAUGUUGAGCGCGACCUCUUGCCGCUGCAGCAGCUCCUCGAGGAGUUCGACGAAAAGCUACAGAUGCACUUUGCUGGUCUCAAAGUGCAGCGCAUGUUCACGCCCGGCCAGCUCACGGGCGUGGGCAAGCCGCUCUCGACCUUCCUCGUGCUGUAAACGCCAUAACGAAGAGCAACGUGUCAUUUGCAGCGUAG